AUGCUCAAGCUGACUCAGCAGGAGCUCGAGCAGCUGCCCUUCCAGCUGCAGGUGGAGGUGCUGGCGGGCGCCCUUCUGUCGCUGCUGGGAGGCUACCUGCUGGCCGGCGCCCUGAAACCCAUCAUCAUAACAGGCGGCGUGAGCAUGGAUGUGGGGGCGUUCCGGCCGGAUUUCGUCUUCUUCAAUCACAGAGGGAAGGCGCUGCCGCUCAACCUGCCGGCCAGCUUGUAA